AUGUAUAAAAUGGAGUAUUCUUACCUAAAUUCCUCUGCCUACGAGUCAUGUAUGGCCGGGAUGGACACGACGAGCUUGGCAUCGGCCUAUGCGGACUUCAGCUCGUGCAGUCAAGCCAGUGGGUUUCAGUACAAUCCCAUCAGGACCACUUUCGGUGCCACCUCCGGCUGUCCGUCUCUCACGCCGGGCUCCUGCAGCCUGGGGACGCUGCGGGACCACCAGAGCAGCCCGUACGCCGCAGUUCCCUACAAACUGUUCACGGAUCACGGCGGGCUGAACGAGAAGCGAAAGCAGAGGCGCAUCCGGACCACGUUCACCAGCGCCCAGCUGAAGGAGCUGGAGCGGGUUUUUGCGGAAACGCACUACCCGGACAUCUACACCAGAGAGGAGCUGGCUCUCAAGAUCGAUCUGACUGAAGCCAGAGUGCAGGUGUGGUUCCAAAACCGGCGUGCCAAGUUUCGCAAGCAGGAGCGUGCAGCUGCAGCGGCCGUAGCGGCUGCCAAGUCCAAUUCUGGGAAGAAGUCCGACCUCAGAGAUGACGACAUUAAAGAGACCAAAUCUACCGACCCGGACAGCACAGGAGGACCGGGCCCGAACCCCAUCAACACCUCCAUCUGCGGCGGACCGAGCCCCACCGGAGGCCAGGUCAACACCAUCGGGAACGGACAGCUGGACCAAGGGAAGACCUCCGUGUCCAGCGGCAUGGGGGUGACAGCAGCGGGCCAAAGCUGGGCCACCGCCCCGGGGACCAUCACCUCUAUCCCGGACUCAUUGGGCGGGCCGUUCGCCAGCGUACUGUCGUCUUUGCAAAGACAGAACGGAGCCAAAGCUACAUUAGUAAAGACCAGCAUGUUCUAA